AAGCCGUGUUCGCCAUUUUAUCGUGAAAAGUGUCUGCUUUCACAACAUGGUUUGUAAUCUUUAAUAGUAAUAAUUUAUUAAAAAUUGUCGUUUAGAUUUCCUUUUAAAUAAUAUAAAUAGUUAUAUAUUUUUUAAAUUGAUAUUUCAACCACUUUUCGUAGCGUAACGACAUUUAAAAUAGUUUAAAUCGUAAAGCUAGGACUUCAGUCGGCAUCACGCCAUUCUUGAUUGUCGUUUAAUUGACUAUUUAGUAAGAAUAAUCCAUAAUUAAGUUAUUCCUUGUAGUAAAGUGAUUAAAUCAUUAUUUCAGAUUGUGUAGAAUUGUUAUGAGGUAUAUUUUCAAAUUAAUAACCUGGCUGUGAUUCUUUCGAGGAAGUAGCAUAAAGCUAUUGAAGAUGAUGUACUCGGGUACUACCGCGGAGCAGGACACUCGCUUCAGCGACAAGGAGAAGAAACUCCUCAAACAAAUGAAAUUUGGAGAUGCCCUUGCUACAAGAGUGGAUAUGUCGAAGGUGAAGCUUGACACCAUCAAACCAUGGAUUACGCAGAAGAUCACAGAAGUGCUCGGCAUGGAGGAUGAUGUAGUCGUCGAGUUUGUCUUCAAUCAGCUUGAGGCAGAAAAGACAGUUUGGUUCUAAGAGUUGAGUCUCAGACUCUGGAACAUCCAUCCCCAUGUGUGUGCUCGUCGCCAUCUUGGCCAGCUCUUCCUCCUCCUCCUCAUCCUCUUGUGAUCAGCUAACGCGCCGUCAGCAUGAUCACCGAUCAGCGGCGCGACUCAAGACUCCGCAUCGCUUCAACAAGCAGCUGACUGCAACAUCAGCUGUUUUUCAAGGUCAACGAAGGGUGCUGCCAUCUUGUGGCAGCUUUCAACAUCGCUCUGCUGGUCACCUAGAUCUUCUACUUCGUUUCCUGCAACUCCAAGACUCAUCGCAUCGGCUUGCUGCAACUCCAAGACACCUCGCUUCGACUAGCUUCAACUCCAAGAUUCGUCGCAGCGGUUUCCUGUAUCUUGGCGGUCGACUUCCGUUGCCAUGGUUUCACGGCAGCACUGUAUCCACAUCUGCAACGUGAGCAUCCUCGUCGUAGCACGUUGCACCAUAUGGAGGCGGCCCUUAGCUUAGCUACAGCCUCUACAGCUGGCAGACUAAUGGCUGAACAGAUUAGGAUGGGUCGGGUCCCGGACCACUGGACCACUCGGUCUUGGCUUGGAAGUAGGCCUACAGUCGCUCUACCAUUUGAGGUGGUAUGGUGUUAAAACGGCUCAUACAUGUUCCCAGAUCCGAAGAAAAUGCAGAUCAACCUGACCGGAUUUCUGAACGGCAAGAACGCUCGCACGUUCAUGACAGACCUGUGGGAACUGCUGCUUUCUGCGCAGGAAACUGCCAGCGGCAUUCCCGAGCAGUUUGUCGAAAAGAAGAAGGAGGAGAUCAAGAAAAGAAUGGAGGAGCAAGAAAGAAUACAGGAUAUCGCCAAGAAGGUGGAUAAAAGAGAAAAAGAGGAAAAGGAAAGGAAGAGAGAGAGGAAAAGAAGCAGGUCACGGGAUAGACAUCGUGACAAGGACCGCAAGGACAGAGACAAGGAUAGGGAUAAGGAUAGGAGCCGAGAUAAGGAGAGCUCAAAAAGAUCGAGAUCCAAGUCUGGUGACAGGGGCGACGGAAAGGACGACAAAGAAAUAAAGAAGGAGAAUGUCGAUGAGAAACUGGACAACGGCAAAGCAAGCCCUGAUAAUGCGUCUGCCAAGAACGGCGAGAAGAGAGGAUCUCCGAAGCGGGUGGACAGUGGCGGCGGCGGCGGUGGUGACAGGAAGGAGAAGGACAAGAAGCGUCGUUCGCGGUCGUCGUCCAGUUCGUCGAGUUCAUCGGAUGAGGCCAACAAGAAGACCAAGUCAAAGUCGCGGUCCGGCUCAAGGUCCAGCAAGAAGUCCGACAGUAGCGCUUCGUCAGGUAAAAGUUCGAAGAAAGAAGACUUUGAAAUCAGAAAGAAGGAAAACAGUGUUCAGAAGAAACGCCAGUACAGGAGCAACAAGGAUGACUCAUCCGGCAGCGAUUCCGAUCAAGGACGUCAUUCCAAAAAGGACAGAUACCGGUCAUCGUCUAGACACCGCCACUCAGGCCGGGGUGGGGGUGACCGAUCUAGGUCAAGGUCACGCCGAAGGUCGUCUGGGCGCGGCAAGUCGCCGCGACGCUCCGAUUCAAGGAGAAGGGGCUCGUCAAGAUCUCGAGACAAACCAGACCGUUACAGACCGAGCCGACGCUCGCUGGAUCGCGAACGAGAGAGAGAGCGCGAACGCGAUCGGGAGAGAGAGAUGGAGAGACGGGAUCGUGAACGUCGCGAGAGAAUGGCACGCGAGCGAGAACGGGAGCGAGAGAGAGAACGUGAGCGGGAACGGGAACGAGAAAGGGAACGCGAGCGGGAACGAGAGAGAGAACGCGAGCGGGAAGAAAGGGAAAGAGAGAGACGCAAGCGGGAGCGAGAGCGCAAAAGAAGCCCAGUUCGCAGUGUGAAAACUGGAAGGUCGUCUCGUUCACGUUCAAGAUCUCCCAGACGAAAUGACAGUACCUCGAGAAAGGCUGAUGAUAAGGCUUACAAAGAAAAGAGGGUUGAAAGAGAAAAGACAUCAAGAAGUCUAUCACAAACACCAUCACCAUUCAGAAAGAAGAAAGAAAUGGAUGACGAAGUAGAAAUCAUAGAGGAUAAGAAAAAGACUCCAUCCAAACCAGAAAAAGAAAAACCUAGAGACAAAUCCAAACAAUCAAAGAAGAAAUCUGAAUCACCACCAAAGAAACAGAGUCGAAAGAGCUCAGAAGGAUCGUCAGACGAAUCAGACGAUGAAGACGAUGAGGCGGAAGAAGAAGAAGAGGUAGAAGAAGUGCCGAAGAAGAAGCUGUCACACAAGAAACACGACUCGAGCUCGUCGGACAACGAAAAGGCGUCAAAGAAGAAAAAGAAGAAACAGCAGGCGCACAAACGUGGUGCCGAAUCGUCCAGCGAAGAGGAGGAGAAACCGAAGAAGAAAAGGAAAAAGGAGGAAUCGUCAUCAGAAGAUGAGGAACCGGCCAAGAAACAGAAAAAGAAGAAAAAGAAGAAGGCGCCCGCGUCUAGUUCCGAGUCGGAGGAGAGUGAAGUAGAGGAAAAGAAAAAGAAGAAGGAUAAGAAACACAAAAAACAUAAGAAACACAAGAAGCACAGGAAACACAAGAAACGCAAGGCUGAUGAAACUGACGAGUCGGAUGAUGAUGGUGCUGAGGCCGAGGCGGUGGAACGCAAACUGCGCGAACGAGCACUCAACUCGAUGAAGAAGCGGAGACCACCCUCUGAGUCAUUCAGCGAGAGUAGCAGCAGUAAAUGACGUCACCACCUCACCGCCACUAGUGCGCCCGUGCUAAACAAAUAACCUCGGCAGGGAGUUGAACUAUUUUCGUUGUGUUAAGCGUGUGCUAGGUGGUGCAUCAAACAUUCUACCAACAUGAAUCUAUGUUGAGUUUAGCGUGUGUUAGGUGGUGCAUUUUUUUGUAUGUCUGAUAUUUGUGAUUCAUCACAUCAAACUGAUUUGUGGCUUUUAUGAAAAUUAAACUGUUUUAAGUAGGUUGAAACUAUCUGAAAUAGUAUACGUUGCUCAGUUGCAAUCCUGAAAUAUUAUUGUUGGUUAAAUUCGUGUUGAAAAAAUUAUCAAAACGUAUUGAAAAAUCAACAGUUUGUACAGGUGAGUGUGAUAUAUAAAACAUAAUUUUAUAAAAACUACAUCUUCACAUAUUAUUUUUCAAUAACAUUAGUUGUAUAUUGUAAUAUUAUUUAUGCCGACCGAUGAUGCAAUGUGAGAGAAACUGUAAUAAUCUGAUGAUUCUGGAUGAUUUAAAACAGGAAAAGUUGGUAUUCUAUUAUUGAUACUGUUCAUAUUAUAAUGUGACAAAAAUUAUUCUGUAUGUUUUGGGACUUAUGUAGAAGAUGACUGGUAAGAUUGAUAGAAAAGCUGUUACCUUGGUUGAAAGGUAGUGUCGUACUAUUUAUAAAUCUUGACAGUCCAACCAUGUAGGCUUCUCCCUACAAUCAACCAGGAGGUUUUGAAGUUUCAUUCUGUCUUGAUAAUAGUAACUAAAUUUAUAAUAGUAAUAAUAAUAAUAAUUAUUAUUAUGUUUCUGAUUAGUACUCUAGAUAUUGUGAAAGAGUUUGACAAAUACUUUUCAAUCAAUUAUUUUGAAAUACUAAUAAGAUAAUACGAUUUGAAAUAUCCACUAUACUGAUCUGGUUCUCAUUCCACCUAAAUAGACAACUAGUUUUUUAAGCUUCAGCUGGAUAUUUCUAAGUACAGUACUACAAACCACCAAUUUAAUAUUUCUCAGAUCAUUUCCUACUAAAGGACCUAGUACUUUAAUUUUACAUUUGGACAAUUGUUUUGCACAUAUUCUCUUGGCAAAUUCAGUAAAAUGCAUUCACACUCUAAUCGUAUUUCAGCUGCUGGAAUAUAAAGUAUUCUAUUGAUAAAAAAUAAAAGUUUUAUUCUCCGCCAGUUGCUUCAAGAACCACUUUUAAUAAGUAUUCAUUGAAAAAAAUUCUGAAUUAACGAGAGUUCGGUGAAAAAAUUGAAAGGUAAAGAGACUGCAGUUAUGUACGAUGUAUGUAGAAGUGGUUGGUCUUUUCUAUUUUAGUUGGUGAAAUACUCCCUGUCUUUUUUAAUUAAAAUUCUAAAAACAUUCAUAGAUUUAUUAAUUUAUUGUUGUAAACCAUUUUGAUUGUAUACAAAGAUCCUCAAUUUUUCUCAUAUUGGUAUUCAAUAAUAAAGUAUGUAAGUAAAGGAAAUCAAAUUUUGAAGAAAUUUAAUCUAAAUUUAUAUUUCCAUCUAUUAUAUUUUUGUGUCAUAGUGAAAAUAUAAUCUACUUAUGUACUAGUGAAAAUGAUAUGUACUAGUUGAAAAGGUAGCACAAUUACUUACCAAUUUGAGAUCUCUUGAAAUGUAAAAAUUGAAUGUUUUUAGGUGAGCUAGUCUAAUAAAAACUUUGCUAAUA